AUGGAGCAGGCGCAGGAUGCGCGCCCGGAGCCGGCCAGCGAGGCGCUCGGGAGCAGGAGUGGCGCCAGCAAAACCUUCAGGGCAAGUGAAUGGAUCCUGGUCAUCCUCUCCUUCUUCUUCACGGUUUUGACUUUCCCUGUGUCCGUCUGGCUGUGCAUAAAGAUCGUCAGUGCGUUCGAACGAGCGGUUUUCCUACGGCUGGGACACAUGAGAAAAGGCCAGGCGGAAGGGCCAGGAAUGUAUUUCGUCUUGCCCUGCACAGACACUGUUAUCACGGUGGAUAUGAGGACAAAAUCAUUUUAUAUACCGCUCCAGGAGAUUCUUACCAAAGAUCCAGUGACAGUGGAUGUAGAUGGCGUGAUAUAUUAUCGAGUUCAGGAUGCUAUCCUAGCCGUGACAAAUGUCACCAACGCGGACUCGGCCACGCUGCUCCUGGCUGAGACCACGCUGAGGAACGUCCUGGGGACCAACAAUUUCUCUCAGAUCGUCUCUAAUCGAGAAAAAAUUGCACAGAGCAUAAAGUCCAUCCUAGACAAUGCCACAGGCAGCUGGGGAGUCACGGUGGAGCAUGUGGAGAUCAGGGACGUGAAAACCACGGUCAAGGUCAUGGCAGCAGAGGCGGGGAAGAGCCCCCCCAGAACUGUGAAAGAAGCCUCGAUCGUCAUCACCGAGUCCCCCAUGUCCCUCCAGUUCCGCUGCUUGCAAAAGACAGAGGAUGCCACCACAAGCCACCAAAGCUCCACCAUCGUCUUCACCUACCCGUAA